CGAUGAGGUUACAGGUCGGAGUCUUGGUCGCAUGCUUACCUCUCCUACCUCUGUUUGGUCUAUCUUUAGAGGAGCCGAAAGAGUACAUAUUUCCAGUUUACUGGAACGUGCCGACCUUCCAGUGCCACAAGUACGGCCUCAACUUCAGCCGCGUCAAGGACUGGGGACUGCAGCAGAACUACCAGGACGAAUUCCGUGGUGAAGAGAUCGCCAUCCUCUACGACCCAGGCGAGUUCCCAGCCCUGCUACCGGCUUCGGGUGGGCGGAGGAUACAGAGGAAUGGAGGGGUACCACAAGAGGGCAGCCUCACCAGGCAUCUUAGUCUCUUCCAGGGUCACCUGGAAAAGCUGAUACCAAACGUCAAUUUCAGUGGCCUGGCUAUAAUCGACUUCGAACACUGGCGUCCGGUCUGGCGGCAGAACUGGGGGAGCCUAAGUCCUUACCGAGAUUUCUCCAGGCUCAUCGAGAAGAGGAGGCACCCCUUCUGGUUCUCGUCUAUGGUGGAAGUGGAGGCCACCUACCGCUACGAACUGGGAGCCCGCGUAUUCCUUCUCGACACCUUGAGGCUGGGGAAGAAGCUACGGCCACUGGCCAAGUGGGGGUACUACGGAUUCCCUUUCUGCUUCAACUACACCCCCUACAACAACAGGGCCGCCUGCUCCUACGAGGUACAACUCGACAAUGACAAUAUGUAUUGGUUGUUCUCCGAAACAACAGCUUAUUACCCCUCGCUAUACCUUAAGUACAAUGACAUGUACUCUACGAAGAGGCAGAGAUUCAUCAAAGGAAGGCUAGAGGAAGCCAUGAGGGUAGCUCAAGAAGUGCCGGUCUACCCCUACGUCUGGUACAAGUACCACGACAACCAUCAGUUCAUAACCAAGGAAGACAUGGUGAACUUGCUGAAGAUACCCAAAGACUACGGUUGCAAAGGAGCAGUAAUAUGGGGAGCUAGUCGAGACGUCAACAGUCGAGAGAAGUGCAUAGCGCUUCAGAGCUACCUGGAUGAAGUGAUUGGACCGGCCGUUAAGGAUCUUCACGAGGAAACCUUCAGGGAAGGAAUUUCCGACCAUGAGGUGGAUGAGAACUCUGAGGAAGAGUUUGACGAAGAUGAUAUGGAAUUAAAAGAAAAAAUACUCAGUUACGAUGUAAGAGAUUUUGAAGUAUGAGGUUGAGAACAUAAAAAACACAAAAUCGAUAAUCGGUUUUGUUGAAUGGGUCUGAAUAAGUGACAAUUUGCAGAGGCAUAUAAUACGUACAAUAACACAAGGACUUGUAUAUAUAACUAUUUAUUGUAAUUAUGUAUAGUUUUUAUUAAUAAAAGAUUAUUUAUGUAUAGUGAAUUCUUCUGUAUUAC